AUGCAAUACCACCUUACAUUCUUCACUCUCCCACCGAAACCGCUAUCCACGCCAAAACCGCUCUUACCUAAAACCAGACUCCACUACAAGCCCCGGUUUUCUGCCUCUGUCGCCAAGUCAGCUCGUCCCACGACGAUGUACGAACUCCUGUCGGUGACUGAAAGCGCCAGUCAGGACGAGAUAAAGGCCGCGUUUCGGAAGAUGGCGCGGAGGUGGCAUCCGGACACGUGUCGGUCAGAUAACGAAAAAGACGAUUUCACGAAGCAGUUCAUAGAGGCACGGGAGGCAUACAGAGUGCUGUCCGACCCUGUGCUUCGGGAGGACUACGAUUACCGCCUUAAGAGCGGUUUUAACGGCGUUUUAUUAAGGAAAAGACGGAUUAGGAAAGCGGGUUUUGGGGACUGGGAAUCGCAGCUGGCGGGUCUGAGGACCCGAUCGUACGGACGUGCCACGUCAGUCUCCUGGGGGGGACGUAUGAGAGCAGCUGCUGCUGGAAAUUCUCGUGCAUGA